GACCUGGAGGAGGGCCCUGCGAGUGAUGUCAGGUCACCUCCAGGUUCAUUUUCAUAGCUCCCUGCAGCCUCCGCCUGGGAGUUAUGUUUGGUGACUGAGAGCAGCGCUACCAAAUUGCACCGGGGUUGAUUUGGGGGCUGGGAAUUGGCCAUUCCGCUGUACAGACACUGAUUUUUUUAAAAGCAAGAUUUUAGGUGAUGGGAAGAUCAGAAAGUCAGAUGGAUAUAACUGAUAUCAAUACUCCAAAGCCAAAGAAGAGACAGCGAUGGACUCCCCUGGAGAUCAGCCUGUCUGUCCUUGUCUUGCUGCUGACUGUCAUAGCUGUAACCAUGAUCGCUCUCUAUGCAACCUAUGAUGACGGAGUUUGUAAAUCAUCAGACUGCAUAAAAUCAGCUGCUCGACUGAUCCAGAACAUGGAUGCCUCUGCUGAGCCGUGUACAGACUUCUUCAGAUACGCCUGCGGAGGCUGGUUGAAACGCAACGUCAUUCCCGAGACCAGUUCCCGAUACAGUAAUUUUGACAUUUUAAGAGAUGAGCUAGAAGUCGUUUUGAAAGAUGUCCUUGAAGAACCCAAAACAGAAGACAUAGUGGCAGUGCAGAAGGCCAAAACCUUGUACAGGUCUUGUAUGAAUGAGUCUGCUAUUGAUAACAGAGGCGGACAACCUUUACUCAAACUGUUACCAGACAUAUACGGGUGGCCAGUAGCAUCGGAAAACUGGGAGCAAACUUACGGUACUUCGUGGACUGCUGAGAAAGCUAUUGCACAACUGAAUUCUAAAUAUGGGAAAAAAGUCCUCAUUAAUUUUUUCGUUGGCACUGACGAUAAGAAUUCUACCCACCAUAUAAUUCAUUUUGACCAGCCUCGACUUGGCCUCCCUUCCAGAGACUACUAUGAGUGUACUGAAAUAUAUAAAGAGGCUUGCACAGCCUAUGUGGAUUUUAUGAUUUCUGUGGCCAGACUGAUUCGUCAGGAAGAAGGAUUGUCGAUUGACGAAAACCAGCUCUCUUUGGAAAUGAAUAGAGUUAUGGACUUGGAAAAAGAAAUUGCCAAUGCUACAACUAAACCUGAAGACCGAAAUGACCCAAUGUUGCUUUAUAACAAAAUGACUCUGGCCGAGCUCCAACGUAAUUUUUCUCUAGAGAUUAAUGGGAAGCCAUUCAGCUGGUCAAAUUUCACAAAUGAAAUCAUGUCAACUGUGAACAUUAAUAUUCAAAAUGAGGAAGAAGUGAUUGUUUAUGCUCCAGAAUAUUUAACCAAGCUUAAGCCUAUUCUUACCAAAUAUUCUCCCAGAGAUAUUCAGAAUUUAAUGUCCUGGAGGUUCAUAAUGGAUCUUGUAAGAAGCCUCAGCCGAAACUACAAGGAGUCCAGAAACGCUUUCCGCAAGGCCCUUUAUGGCACUACAUCAGAGACGGCGACGUGGAGACGGUGCGCUAACUAUGUCAACGGGAAUAUGGAGAACGCUGUAGGGAGGCUUUACGUGGAAGCAGCCUUUGCUGGAGAGAGCAAACAUGUGGUUGAAGAUCUGAUUGCACAAAUCCGGGAAGUUUUUAUUCAGACUUUAGAUGACCUUACAUGGAUGGAUGCUGAAACAAAAAAGAAAGCUGAAGAAAAGGCCUUAGCAAUUAAAGAAAGGAUUGGUUAUCCUGAUGACAUCAUUUCCAAUGACAACAAGCUGAAUAACGAGUAUCUUGAGUUGAACUACACGGAAGAUGAGUACUUUGAGAACAUAAUCCAAAAUCUGAAAUUCAGCCAAAGCAAGCAGCUGAAGAAGCUCCGAGAAAAGGUGGACAAAGAUGAGUGGAUAAGUGGAGCGGCUGUAGUCAAUGCGUUCUACUCGUCGGGCAGAAAUCAGAUAGUCUUCCCUGCUGGCAUUUUGCAACCCCCGUUCUUUAGUGCCCGGCAACCCAACUCACUGAACUAUGGGGCCAUCGGCAUGGUCAUCGGACACGAGAUCACGCAUGGCUUUGAUGACAAUGGAAGAAAUUUUAACAAAGAUGGAGACCUCGUGGACUGGUGGACUCAGCAGUCUGCAAAUAAUUUUAAAGACCAAUCCCAGUGCAUGGUGCACCAGUACGGCAACUUCACGUGGGACCUAGCAGGUGGACAGCAUCUCAAUGGAAUUAAUACACUGGGAGAGAACAUUGCUGACAAUGGAGGUAUUGGCCAAGCAUACAGAGCCUACCAGAAUUAUGUUAAAAAGAAUGGUGAAGAAAAAUUACUCCCAGGAAUUGACCUAAAUCACAAACAACUAUUCUUCUUGAACUUUGCCCAGGUGUGGUGUGGGACCUACAGGCCAGAAUAUGCAGUCAAUUCCAUUAAAACAGACGUACACAGUCCCGGCAACUUCAGGAUUAUUGGGACUUUGCAGAACUCUGUGGAGUUUGCAGAUGCCUUCCACUGCCGCAAGAAUUCAUACAUGAAUCCAGAAAGGAAAUGUCGGGUGUGGUGAUCUUCACAAGAAGCAGAGCAUCCAUGGCGAGACUUGUUAAAACCACAGACACAGGAACUCUCCCUUCAGAGAAAUCGGGCCCGGGAAGUUUCUGCAGCUACUUGGGGGCAGUUCACAAAGAUGAGCACAAGCUAACAUACGUGAAAUUAGAGUAUUGAAUCCACUGUGAAUGGAAGGGGGUGGUAGCCUAAGGUCUGUCAAAUCAAUCACUUCACUGUGUAAAUAGUGCUUACUUUCAAUGGUAGUGUUACUGUUCAUUCUGGUUCUCUUACAGACAGCAAGUCUAAAGCUGUCCGUAGAGAACAGGGUUAACACUUGAGGCGGAGUACAACUUCCGACCCAAGGGAGAAAGAUGUUGAAUGCAGCUGGGCACCAGAGCCCAGCAAUGAUUUGCCUCGCCAGGCACUUUUGUUUGCGUUCAUGCUCCUUCAAAGCGCUCCCAAAGAACUCCCGUGCAUACUGUGGCCUUAAGGCUUAAGGAGUUUUGAGCUCAUUUUACCAUACAUGAGUUAUUCAUUCGCUCAACAUCAUUCUGGUUUAAGCGCUCUUAUGGUAAAAGCGAGUAUCUGAAACUCUUCCCCUUCUUAUCCACUUUAACGACGUUAAGAUUCUUCCGCCCCUGAAAAAUUUUUGAGCAAUCUCUUGCUCACUCUGCCUCUCAAACUUGGUCUUUUUUUUAAAAAGGAUUUGCAGUGAUGUAUAAAGAAUAAUCCUAUAUUUAAUUAUUAACUACAUAUAUGGCUGAAUAACCAUUACUAUAGUUAAUCAGUGAAUAUUGAAGUGAAGUGGCCAAGGUUGAUAGUUACAAAGAUCCGUCAUGUGAUGUACAGGUGAAAAUUUGGGACUUUUUAAACCUGUAAAUCAUUGGUGAGAAGCUUUAAGUACCGACUGUGAGGGCAAAGGUUACCACUGAGCCACUGUCUAGAGAUACAUCAUAGCUGUGGUUUACAAACAGCAGUUUCAAGAUUAAGUCUGUCCCCAAGAGGGGCUAUCAAAGGACCUAACUGUAUCUGUGUUGCUCCAUGAGCCCUUAUCUCUUCAGGUUUGUCACCUAAUGGAAAUAUUUUGGUAAUAAAUCCAAGUUGUGAGCCCCUUACUAGGCCUGUGUGCAAGCCAUCUCGUUCUAGGGAGCCCAUGUCUGAGUAGAGAUGGGAGGCCUCCAGCAGACCAGCUACUGGAUUUCUACAUUCUAAGGACCCUGAGAGGAUUCCUCCCGAAACACAUUCGCUUCCUUUCUUGUCCUGCCGCUGACUGUCGUGCAUUUCGCUGUCCAGUUAAGAUUUUACAAAAGAGGUGCACUUCUACAAUCCUUAUUUUUCUAUCAAAGGGUGAAAAUGAGAAUAUUUCUAUUCAGUAUAUUGGUUUUCAUGCCUCUUGUAAAAAGCCCAUUUGUCUGUAAAAAAAAAAAUGUUACUACAACAUAAUAUAUAAAACUGUAUAGAACAGAACUAUACAGUUAGUGAAUGGUCUCCCUCUGAACACAGCCCUGCAGCUACAACCUAUAAGAAAUGGGACACUGUCCUAGCUCCCCACCAUCAUCACUUUGGUCCUCCACACGCAUUAUCCAAAUCUCCAGCAUCGUGUACUAGCUUUGUCCCAUUUUGUCUUAUAGCCAUCCACGCAUUCUUUCUUAUCUGACUUCUCUCUGCCUUACAUUUGUAAGACUUAGCUGUACAGUUGGUUUAUGUGUGGAUCUGUCAGUGUCAAACUGGAUUCUAUUACGUGGUGAGACUACAAAUCUUCCAUCCUGUUGUUGAUGGACUCUUAAGAAGUUUCCUACUUUGGAUUGUUACAAAUGAUACAACUAUGCAUUAUGAACUGUGCUUACAUAUUCAUCUUUACUUGAAUCAUCCGUGGAAUCACUUUCCCAAGUCUUUUAAAACGUAUCAUAAACACUGGAAACAGUUUCUGACUAACCACAAACACUAUUAUCACGGAUAAUUACAGUAUACUUAGAUCACUAUUUCUUCUACAUCAACUUAAACACUCGUGAGUAUUAUUUGUAGUGGUAGUAGUAGAUUUCAAUUAAACAGCUAUCUUUGGGAUAUUUUUAUCCCUGUCUGCGAUAACAACUAAAAAGACAGACCAGGAGAGUAACUAAAAACCAACUAUAAAUGGCUGCUAGCAUCUCCGCUGCUAGUUCAUUAAAGCAUCAAGUCCCAUUCCUAUAGAAGAGCAACUCCAGUGGCUACAUCCCUACUGUACAUAGAACAAACCUUUGGGCUAAGGGGCAUACAAAAUUUAGAAUAGCAGCUGCUUCCCUAUUCCUCACACAUCCAGACACCACUUGCUGUAGCUGGUACUCAGAAUCUUGUAGUCUCUUAAUUCCUACCAUUUGUCCCAUUACCUAAAACUUUAUACAUAAAUUCAGUCAUAAGUCCACACCCACCAUAUUUAAGUUCCGAUCAGGGAGAGUUUAGAAGCAGAAGCACCAAGACUUGUGAGCUGCUGUAACCUAGCAGCGAUGAGAGGACGAAGUUCCUGGCAAUAUAUGUUGGGGACGAGUCUGCUUCCAUACCACAGUGUCUGUGUGCAAUACAAAAGGAUGUUCCCCAGGAAGAUGAGGGCUGCUCCUACUUCUCCUCUGCCACUGCUGCCAAAGUGACCUUGGGCACAUGUAUAUUCUUUGGGGCCUCUGCCUCUCUUACCCAAAUAGAAAGCAAUUAGAUCCCAGCAGUUCGUACCAAUGCUGCCUUCCCUUUAAUCUGUUACCCAGAAACCAAGGACCAAAAUUCUAGCAAGCUUGAGGCUGUGAUACUGUUACUCCUAGGCAUGUUUGACAGGGCAAAAACUUGCUAAUUUCCUCAAAGUAUUUAUAAUUCCUGUAGCAAUAGGUGGAGCUCUUAGAGUAGAAGGCAUCUGUUCUUUUGAGAGAAAAUAAAAUUCUAUUGUGUCAGAAGAAGUAUAAUCAGAAAUUUUUUUAUUUCUAGUCUCUGAAAUAGAAAAUAACAACAAAUGUUUUUUAAUGUUGUUUUUACACCUAGUUGACUCUGUCGCAAUCCUACCAAUUCGCAUGUAAACCCCCACACACCAUUUAUGCCUUGAAAAAAAAAUUAAGAUUAAAUGGAACAUUGGUUUCUAUACAGUCUUAUACUUUCUUCAUAGUUUCAAAUUAAAUCUUUUUUUUAAAGAAUAAUAUGAACUUUUAAACUAACGUUUUAUUUCAAAGAUAACCAGUUUGCUGAUUGGAUAUUUCAUCUGGCUACCAAAUGUUCACAGGAGUUACAACCAUAGUAGGGUGACUUACGCUGAAGCCCAGUGUGUCUCUAAACUGGAGAGCUGAACUGUUCAGGUUAUUUAGUGAACAGACAGCCACAUGCGACUGUUGUCCAAAUGGCAUGUUUAUUGCAUCUUAACUUUCUGUAAAAUUAUAUUUUCUUAGUGUCAA